AGAAAGUCCCCCGGCGACUGAGCACGCACAUGUGCGCGGAGCGGAGUGUCGUGCCGUCAUCAUCGUCGUCGUCAAAGUGCGUGAAGAAGGUGUUGUGAUCAGUGCUGUGUCGAGUGGUGCGAUGCGUGUGACCGCCUUGUGACAUGAGUGUGGCCUUAUCUUCGGCCGAGUGUGUAUCGUCCGUGCCUUCCGUCCCCAACGGGGUCCCCGCCGACACCAUGCGCGCCCUGCUCUCCGUCGGCGUGGGCGUCGCCGCCCCGGCCCCCAUCACGGCCGCCGCCACGCCUUCGUCGUCGCCGCCGCUGCCGACCAAGAUGAAGCAGAGCAGCAAGCUGUCGUUUAGCGUGGACUCGCUCUUGUCGUCGACGCCGACGUCGCGGCCCGCCCGCAACGCGCCCCACCUGGACCGCGCCAGAACGCCGGGCGACUCGCCCGCGACGCCGCGCUCGGACGCGGCCGUCGUCUUCCACAACGAGUCGGCCCUGAACCUGAGGCUGCAGUCCUCGCCCAUGCAGCUCACCGUGCGCACCCCGGCCAUGGUCAACGGCCACCUGCGCUCGCCGCGCACCUCGCCGCCCUACCCCAUGCACACGCCCCCGCAGUCGCCCACCUCGCUGUGCGCCACGCCGUACCGGCUCAAGCUCAAGCAGGACAGCGAGGACAGCGACCGGGACUACCAGUCGUCGCACGAGGACAGCCGGCGGCACGAGGACAUGGACAGCGACCUGGAGGAGGACGUGGACAUCGACGUGGGUGGCCAGGACGAGGCCGCGCAGCGGAGGUUGAGUGAGGACGGCGGCGAGGUGCUGGACGCGGCCGACAAGCUGCGGAGAAGACGAGACGCGGAGCGUGGCGACCAGCACUCGGAGAACUCGAUGGACUCUGGCAGCGAGGCUGGCGCCGAGGCGGACGGCAGCGAGGUGGGCACGCCGCCGCCCUCGGGGGCCGUGCAGCCGCUGUUCCCGCAGCCGCUGCACCCCUCCGCCGUGUCCAUGAUGAUGGCGAGGAGGAACGCGCCCGGCUGGUCCGGCCUGCCCAACUCGCUCGCGGCGCACUUCGCCUGGAUGCCCAACUACCCGCCCAACUCACAAGGAGUGGAUGGCGCUCGGCUGGCCGGCCACCCCGGAGGUCCCCAUGGCGGCCCGCCCGGCUCUCCCAUCGGGCCCCCGCACCCCCUGCCGCUGCGCUGCAACCUGCGCAAGCACAAGCCCAACCGCAAGCCGCGCACACCCUUCACCACGCAGCAGCUGCUCUCCCUCGAGAAGAAGUUCAGGGAGAAGCAGUACCUGUCGAUCGCGGAGCGGGCCGAGUUCUCCUCGUCGCUGCAGCUGACCGAGACGCAGGUCAAGAUAUGGUUCCAGAACCGGCGCGCCAAGUCGAAGCGUCUCCAGGAGGCUGAGUUGGAGAAGUUCCGCUUCUCCGGGCGCCCCUUCCCCCUGUUCCCGCCCGGCGCGGGGCUCUGGCACCCCAACCCACCACCCUUCCUGGCCGCCAUGGGACUGCCGCCCGGAGCCGCCCCCAGCGGGGCCCCCAACGGCCCCCCGCCCCCGCACAUGGCCGGCGGGCAGCAGCAGCCCCAGCACCUCCUGUCCGGCCUCCAGCCCGGCCUACAGCGGCACUGACCUCCGCGAGGACGCCGUCGUACCCAUCCCAUCGCUGUGAUUCCCCUCCCCGCCAGAGACCGGGGGCGCGCCGGCGGCUCCUAGACCGGCCGCCCCCUGCCUAUGUGAUAAUGAACAUGAUAGUGUAUAGUUUUGUUUCGUGCGUCGCGCGCCGCAGAUCAACUCUUUCUGUUUUAUUUGUUAGUUUUGCGUGUUGGCGCCUAAUGUUUUUGUUUCGUUGUUGCGCGUGCUAGUCUGUUGUGUAUGGAUGGAUGUGUGAGUUUCUUAUUUUAGUAAUAAGGGGUUUGAGCAGCCAUCUCUUUUAAUUUCGAGCUUGUCACGGUUUUGUUGCAUUUGCGCGUCGCGUAGUACUUACAAAGUCAGUGUGCUCCUCAGUAGUUCCUAUUGUCUUGGGUGCCGCGUUCUUUCUGCAAUAAGCUCGUAAUGCCCCACCGCGUUCAUGACCAAAAUUUUAGUAUUUUUGGAUUCGGGCGGGAUAAACAGAGCUGCUUUACUGACUGAUGCCCUCAAGCCCCGCUCAGGGUCGAUUCUUAAGUGCAGCGUAUACGAUAAGCUGUAACAUGCAACUGGAAGUUCAUUCGUGAGAAAAUAGACGUACCAAUAUUUAAACCUGAAAUGAUGAGCGUUUCAAAAGGUACUUAAUUGUUGUACUUUAACUGCCAAAGUCCUAACGUUGUGUUUUUCAUGUUGGUUGUAAUUUAUUUUAGCCCAGAUUGAUAAAUUCCAUUUUUCUUUUCUAUUUGUGAACUUAUAGCGUCUGCGUCUACGUCCAUGCUCUAGAAAGUUGCAGACACUGUGGACUUAGCAUAAAAUUAUGAAAUUUACUUUUGUCCUUGGAAGUACUGAACAUAACCAUGUACAUAGAGAAAUACAAAAUAUAUGCAUAUAUACCUGAACCGCUAUACGAGAAUUUAUUGCGACAUAUUGUACAAAAAACAAUUCUGUGAUUGUAAAGUAUAAUUAUUGUUUCUGUUUACAUAGCAAUGUUGUACUUAUAAUAAUUUAUAUUAAAUAUAUUAUUCCGUGUAAAUUACGAUUCAGAUAUAAACGGAUGUAAAUGUGUAUUAAAUAGACAAAAAUUAUAAUCAUCCUUUUACUGUACCAAGACUGCUGAUGAGUUAACGUGGUAUUAAAAUUUUAAGAAAUCAGUGAUUCCCAUAA